UACAAACAUAGUUAAUAUGUCUCCACAGUUGAAAAGGUCGUUUCGUACUGUAUUUUCCUAACCAAUACAGUCUAUGGCUUUUAAAAAGCUCUCACAUGCAUACUUAUUGUGGACCAUUAGUUACACUAGAAGCUAGUCAUAUCGAGUUCAACAAACUUGUCAAACUACUGAAUAUAUUCAUUUGUUGAGUAGUUGGUCAUUAACUUAACCAACUUUUCUUAUAUUCAUCAUCAACCACCUGACUGCAGAUCUUGAAUUUCAACUUUCAAAGUGACUGAAGCAGAUUACGGAUUCAAGAUCUGCUCAUGUUUGGGGUUUACCUAACAUGCUUACCAUAUCGCUUGCCUUACGGCCUAUUUACUACUACCUUGCUAAAGUCCUUUGGUUUUAAAUGCUUACCUUAUGCCCCGGGGUCAACAAAAAAAGAAAUGACUACUAGCACUCCAACCGCUAUUCACUAUGUACUUAAUGUCACGUAUAUCUUACUAGCAUUUCAGCUUCUCUUCUAUUUCACUUAGUGUAUUUUUACACUAUUAGUGAAAUUGUGGCAAGUCCGGAUAUUUUCAUGGCAUGCCUCUCAUGUACACAUUCCUCAGAAGCACUAGUUAUCGUUUUUGCUCUCAAGGACUUAAUUUGUUUAGUCAUGUUGUACUGCUUAAUUUCGGCACAAGUACAGUGUUUUACGUCGAUGCUUGCAUGUAAACACUUCUGUAUGAAGUUUACACAAGUUCAGUCUGAAAUUGCAAGUCUUUUGAAGUGAUUGGUGCACUUCUAUGUUAUCGUGGAGAAACUGUGAGAUAGUCACUUUGUUAGAUAGACUACAAGUAAUGUCAAUAAAAAACAGUGGCUCCUCAUAUUUUCUCGACAUAAUACAACCUUUUAUUGUUGAUGGCGGACUUAACACUAGCUAUAGUUAAUAAAAGAUGCAUUCUCUUAAGCUGGGUUUUUAAUUAGAAUUAGUUAGUCCGAAACUACUACAAAUGUUUUCAAAUCUGAUGUCCACGUUCCCCAUCAAAAUAGCCUAUAAUAGUGAAUGCAAUCAUCAUUACGAACUUUAAAAACUUUGGUGGGACUGCAUGUGUACUGUCUUUUGUGUGCCACAACUAAGUAAGGGGCUCAGAUCAUGUUCUAUUUAACCGGAUAGUUUUAACAGCUUCAGCACUGUUGGAAUUACAAGCGGAACUCGGUGUAAAUAUUGGCAAUCCCUGACUGUUUGCAUUAAAACAGAUUAGAGACCAUGUCAGUCACUGCUUUUAGGCAGCAGCUAGAGUGGCCUAACCACGCCAAUACUUGUUCCAGGAGCUUCCUUAAGACUCAUCGUUCCCCAGCCCUGAAUUUGGAUGAAAAAGACCCACAAGUAGUUAAUUCGUAAAAUAGCGUUGUGGAGUAAGGAGUAUUGGUUUUGUUAGUCCAUUUUGGUCUCCCACGACCUUCUGGAAAGUCAUAGUGGCUGUGCGACUUAGUGAUAAUAAUCUAGUCCUGGUGCUAAGUGUGGAGUCACUUCAGGUAGGGGUUGGUGUUGCUACCCAGGUGCCUAAACCGAAGUUGGGGGAGUGGAGUGUUUAGAACACAAAGUCAAAUUCAGAUGUAACUUUAGUCUAUAAAAGUCAAGGAGAGAAGUGAUUGUAUUUUGAAGGAUGUCCACAGAAAAGAUAAUUAUAGGAAUCAAUAAUGUCUUUGCAAAUUAUAACAUCAUGGAGUAAGAUAGAAUUUAACGAAAGCAACGACGUUAUUCAAAGACUUGGUUAACUUAAGAACACAACUAUGUUCUUUUCACUGUAAAGUACUUCACUUUGCGAGGAAUGCAAUAAGAACUGGUCAGUCAGUCAGCUACAACGUAGCACGAAGCACAUAUAUGCAUCGGUCCAAGUUGCCAUACCUCGUUAGCACAACAAGAUGAACACGGAAUUCAUAGUAGUUAAUUUAGUGGUGGUAAGUAAGAACUGGAGUAGCAUCGCGAGUGAUUUCUAUGUACGACCCUCUGGAUCCCUUCCAAAAUGUAGAUCAAUAGCGGCAAAUAUAAUAGCUUCCUCAUCACAAAAUAUUAUCCUGGUCAUAGUUGUUAUCUUGUAGUAGUGAUCGGGUUCGGAUGUCGUAAUAAUCUAGUUGAGUUGUAUUGGUCGUAAAACUUGUAGUGUCUAUCAUGUCUGUCCGAAAUAUUGUGAUGAACUAGCCACUUUAGGAUUUGUUGGCAUUCAAUAUCAUGGUUCUUAAACAAUGGGCGUUGCAGAAGGUGUUAGAACAUAAACUGAUGUAACGAAGCCACUGAGGCUGGUAUUUCGAAAUAGCUACGCUUUGAAUCAUUAUUUUCGAUUUGUUAAGCAUGCGGAUUACCUAAACAGCCACAAUCAUGUGUUUGAUCCUUUAAAGACUUGAGCAUUUCGGCUCAGGAUAACCAGGUCUCACAGGCAUGAACAGAAAACUCGCACCACAUCAAUGUACAUCUUUUGGUUUAUAACCCAUAUAUUAUCAUUACGCCCUCGAUAGAGAUCAACAGAAGAAAAAGCAAAGAAUCUCGACUUACGAUACUUAAGAAGUUGGAGACUCGUAUACCAAGACAAAAUGACAGUAAUGUAUAUAAACAGAAAAAGUAGAUAUACUUGGGUCAUUAUGACUGACUUCGAGCUGUAUGAUCGCUAUUCAUAACAUGCCAACCAACUCAACUAAGGUUCACUUAAUACUAUCUUCUGAACAUUUGUUUGGUUAGUGGCUCUGACAAUUGGUGUAUGUAUCAGUUUCUUGCUAGCAUCCUCAUGCCUCUUAUUUUUAGUAGUGUCACAAUCGUAAGGAAUAACUGCUUGUUGAGCAGGAUUAUUUUUAUUAUUUAUUUAAACACAUAAAUAUUGGUACAAUGAAGCACCAGAUAAAUAUGCGCCUCACAAAUCUCAUUCGAUUUGUGUGAAGGCUGUGAUACUGCUCAGGUGCCCAAACUGAAGCAGGUGGUUUUCUUAGGGGGUCACACUUGGGACCUUUGACCUAAAGGUCUGAUCCACAAGACAGUGGAGCAUCGUAAGGAGAUGCAUUCCCAUGGUAGCUGGUGACCAACGAUUGAUUCAUACACUAUUUGUUCCCCUAGGAUACUGGAACCCGUGUGCACCAUUGGUUCGGAAUCAGGGUUUUCCAACUCCUCUAGGUGGACCCUCCGUGUCCACCAACCCGGUUAAAGCGCCGGACAUUCGCUUUUCGUCCUCCCACUUUCGUAAACAACACCCCCGCCACGAGAAGGCAGUAAGUAGGACUUCCCUGGCAGAGGCUAUAUAUUCGCUAGCCAUAUGAGAGUAUUUCGAGAGGGAGAGGUGACUCUCCCCACUCUCGGCCGUACCAGGGCAUUUGGGGGCGUUGAGCAGGAUACUCAUCGUCUAAUGAGUGUUUGACUUCUUUGUCCUAGCCAUAUCGUUUAAUUUGAGCUAAGCAAGGUAGUUCAUAUGUUUGUCUACCACCAGCCUGCUAAGGUUAAUAUGCCUCCCGAAAAAAUCUAAUCAACAGACCCAACCAUUUUAUUUCCUAAAACAGCGGUAACACGAACCAGCCUUAAAAAUUCUCAUUCUGACAUACAUGACAAAUUCACACAGCUCUAAUGAAGUGUUAUAAAAAAUAAACAGAGAGGUGCAGUAGCCAACAAUAAUCUAAGGAUUGUAAAACAUUGAGAAAACACGAAAUUAAUGAAAAUGGGAAAAUUUUCCAGUAACGUUAACUUAAAAGACUAAAACAAACCACAUUAUAUAGCCACUAUGGACUUUGGUUUCUGGUUCUAUCUAUUCUUUUAAAUUACUGUCAUACGGCGUAGGCGAGUUAUUCGCCUGCCGGCUAAAAGACAAGUACGCUGCUCAUUUAUUUUAUUUUAUUCAAACACAUCAAUAUUGGUACAAGGAAGCACCAGAUAUGUAUGCGCCUCACAAAUCUCAUUUGAUUUGUGUAAGGGCUGUGAUACUGCUCAGGUGCCCAAACUGAAGCAGGUGGUUUUCUUAGGGGGUCACACUUGGGACCUUCGACCUAAAGGUCUGAUCCACAAGACAGUGGAGCAUCGUAAGGAGAUGCAUUCCCAUGGUAGCUGGUGACAAACGAUUGAUUCAUACACUAUUUGUUCCCCUAGGAUACUGGAACCCGUGUGCACCAUUGGUUUGGAAUCAGGGUUUUCCAACUCCCCUAGGUGAACUUUCCGUGUCCACCAACCUGAUUAAAGUGCCGGACAUUCGCUUUUCGUCCCCCCAACUUCGUAAACAACACCCCCGCUACGAAUAGGCAGUAAGUAGGACUUCUCUGGGAGUGGUUGUAUACGCGUGGACAUGUGUGAGCAUUUCGGGAGGGAGAGAUGACUCUCCCCACUCUUGGUCGUACCAGGGCAUUUGAGGGGCACAAGGUAAGUAUGAUAAAUCGGUUGAUACGGUAGUAAAUCUUUAUUGACUGAGAUGAUUAAGAUAUGCAUUUCGUUUACCCAUCCACCGACUACCUCGAUGCACAAUGACUAGUGAAGUUGGAAGUUGGGGGCGGUCAAACCAAUGCAUGGGGUCAGUUCACAAAGAGGUUGAUUGUUGAAUGGGGUCAUUUCGAUAGGUGGAUACUAUAUAACUGGGGUUCUCAAAAUUUUCAUAAGCAAUGGUUAGAGAUAUUACGUGGCAGCUCAAAAUCGUUUGCAAAGGUGCAGGUGCAUUCACUCUUUGUCUUCCCUUAGACCUUAUUUUUUUUAAUUAUCUUAUGAAUUUGUCAUUCCGAUAAUCUAUAUUUCCUUCCCUAAUUUUAUCUUCGAUGCCUAAUUCUUUCUACCAUCACUAAUACUGUUGCUACCUGAACUACUCUGGGAAUCGCCCUGACAGUUUCAUCUCGCUAUGCUACUGUAGGGUGUAGGGUGUAUAUGAUUGACUGGCUGACCCUUGUAAACAGAAUGGCGAAAUAGCUCAGGAACAUAAAAUAGUGCCUCUACAAGGUUAUUAGAGUUUAAGUAUCCCCAACAUGAUACUAUCCCUGUAAUAGUGUGCAUCGAGUUCUUAGUAAUUUCCUAAGACCUUAAUUCUUCGCUUUUUGGGUGUCGAUUGAAUUUUAUGGGUGAUUAUAAUCUCUGUUGUAAUUGACGUCAUUCUAUCACUAUUACACUUUAGAAUACCUUUUUAGGAGGAAGUAUGUAUAUACUGAUUUAUUAAAAAUUACUAAUAACUAUCAUGUUCCAAUUAUUUCACUUAUUUAAUUUCCUGUUCUCUCGAUUUUGUUGCAGGGUACAGUGGGAUGAACGGCGAUAUUUCUCGCAUCCCCAUUCAGUCUCUGAGUGCCGUAGUUAGUCUAACAGAUAUAAUUCCUGAACUCCCGUUACCUGCUCCACUACAUGCUGGAUCAAGUGUGGAAACUUUGUUGCAUGAUUCUAGAAUAUCAAUAGAUGCCUUUCAAUGUCUUCGUUUUGGUCAUGACCGACUCGUGGGCUGCCUCAGUGAAGCCCUUGGGAGUGUAUGUACUGAUAACAUAGAUUUCAAGGAGGGGUUUGCUAGUGACAUAAUUGAUCCCCAUUUACUACCUGAGCCCCUUGUCAGCUCUUUGAAAAAGCUACCAAAUUUUGAACAAAAACGAGGAUUUUGUGGUCUUUCUUAUGAAUCUUUCAAUCCAGUUAAUAGUGUUUCUAGUGCGUAUAAAGUACAACCUGGUUCAUGGUGUUCAUCUCUGGAUCAACCACCAUCUACUGAACAUCAUUAUUCAAAUUCAUUGGAAGAACCAAUCGAAUCUCCCAGUAAGAAGAAGAAAAAGCGGAAAAAGAAAAAACACAAGUACUGUGAUGAUGGUGAUACGAGUGGAACAGGUGGCGAAUCAAAUGCCACCACUCCAGCAGCCUGUGGUGGUACAACUCCAAAUAAACUUGAGGAUAAUUCAUUGUCUCCCACUUCAACAUAUGGUAUUGUAAAGGUCAACGCAGAUACUAAAAAACUUUCAUUAAAAAUUUUCAAACGACCUGCGAACGAUGGCUCUCAGCCUGUUUUUAUGGUUGAGCAACUAGGUGGUGUUGAGCCGGUUAAAAAAGAGAAAAAAAAGAAGCGGAGUAGAGAAAAGGAUCGUGAGCAUCGAUCUCAUCACGAAGUUCGAUCAAAGUUGGAUUCUCACUCUUCCCCAGUGGAAAUUCACGUUCAACAAAAUGAGUUAUCUAUUGAUCUACCAAUACAAACACGUAAUACUCCUACUUCAAAUAGCCCCUUAAGUACGGUAACACCUAAUGAAAACUGUAAAAGCUCCGAACUUAUCCCUUCGACUUUUACUGAGAGUUGUCAGUUAUCCAUGAAAGAUCCUUCCCAACUUGACCUAUCGCUCAUAACAAGCGAAGGUUUAUUUGAAAACUUGAAUUCAAUGAAUAAUUUGUAUCAACAACCACAGUCUGUAUCUACAUCCAGUCUUCCCAGUACUCCAGCUUCAAUGUCUGGUAACGGGAUGGUAGUGACCUCAAGUAAUUGUGCUCCUACAUGUACGUAUAGUUUUGAUACUAACCAAACAAAUGUAUUCACAACUAAAUCAAAUAUGUUCUAUGAGUUAUUGCGUAGUAAUGAUCCUAAUAUGACCCUGAAGCAUGUGGCAGACGGUUUACCUAGUGAUUUUGUAGCAUCUAAUUCAUCUGCUUGUACAAUCAUACCUAAUACCUUGGGCUCUGUAUGCAACAUGAUGGACUUUGCCUCUAACUUCCUUCAAAACGAAAUGCUUUCGUCCAAUUCUUGUAUUAAUUUUCCACUUGGAACUGCUUCUCUAGCUACUUGUGAUAGCUCCACUUUCCAAAGGACUGGCUUUCCUGUACAGCCAUCUAGUACCACUACUUCUUCCUUUUUGGUCGCUUCGCAUUUGAUCGAUUCUAGUCACUCGUCUGUUGUUACUGCUGCAGACUCCACGUUUGAUGUUUUGGGCGGUAUACUCAAUUCUUCUGGUUAUGCAUCUGUUACAGACGUUAGUCCUGCUGCAUUUGCUGCUAAUUUCGACAUGUCUGGCUUGCCUCCAGAUUCCAGUACUCACCAUGUCCCCAUGGGGCUCGCUAGUUAUUUAUGUGCUCCUAAUCAACUUACUAACACUCAAAUUCUCAAUGACUAUCGUACCCAGAAUCAACCUGCUCGUACUGACUCGAAUUUGUUAUCAACAAUUACAAGUACUCCUCAACCGUGGUGGAAACGAAAGAGCAAUUCUGUGUUAAGAAGACGUAAACGCCGGAAAAACGAACUUGAAGAUUUGCAGUCUUGGACAGUCAAUUAUCCGGUUAGUGGACCCGGUUUAUCAAAAUCCGCUUCUGAACGCACCAAAGGUCCUGAUGAACGGACCUGGGAUGAUGCAAUCGGUUCUUAUAGCCAGGUUCUUGGUGAACGUGUUAAAAGACGAAAACGAAUGGUUAGACAGGGUGGGAAUUUCGAUUCAGACUUUGUCUUUGAGCAUGAUAAAGACUAUCCAAAUGAGGGGGACAGUGAUCGCGGUAGCAAUGAACCUAACGGUACAAUUGACCUAACAAAUGAUUCCACUGGAACCAGCGAAACUGCUCACAUACGCGAAAUGCGUUCAGGGGUUGCAAAUCGUUCGUAUGCUGGUAUGGACGAGGAAGACGAGGAAGCGUCGGCAAGUCAAACAGGGUGCUCAAAUGGCUCUUCAAGUGCUAGAAGACGAAAGAAACUGGAUGAUGAUGAACCUUUUGAAGUUCGGCUAAAGGAACCUGUUGAAGCACGUUUCCCGCAUAUACGUAAAGCAGGAGAAUCUACGCGUAAACGACGUGAACGCGUAAAUUUCGGGAUUACGUCAUCAAAUAAUUUACCCAUCCAACGAAAUAAUCCUAGGGAACAAAGUGUUGGAGGUGAAACGGGAAGUGUAAAACGAUUUCUCAACAAGUUGUCAACUGUUCUCGAAACUAUUGAGGAAACAGACUUUUUAAGAAGCCUUGGUGGCGUACCGAACAGUGAUGAUCAACUACGAAAAUCUAAUUGUGAAGAUGUGAUUUCAUAUCUUGAUAAAGAAAGCUUAUCAACUGAGACUAUAAUAUCGUCUGAAGACUUGGCAGAAUUUUGUCGUGAUGCUGCUAAAUUAAACUCAAUAGGUGUUGCUAAUCAAAUUCCUACUGGUCAAUUACUCAACUUCCUUACAUUGUUGUUGCUCAACAUACGAGAUGGUGCGAAUGUGAUUGCCGUAUUGAGACCUGAAGAAGAAGCUGACGCACAUGAAAGCAAACUGUGGAAAGAGGUGGCAAUGGAGCGGGUAAUGCGGAGUAUGAAUUCCGGUCUAACUGCGUUAUUAUUAAUGACUUCGAAGGAUAUGCCUAGAGAAGUUUAUGUUGAAGAUGUUAUUGAGCGUACAGUGUAUAGUGUCAGAUUUCAAUUAUUCAAUUGCAUUUUCCCGGAAUUCGAUCCUGCCUAUCGUGUUGAAAAUACAGCUAAAGAAAAUCAAAGCAGUAUAAAAUCUAGACGUGCUCGUGAACGCGAUGCUCAAAAACCAAAGUCCAUAAUUCAUCUGUACCACAAGCUAGUGGAAAUUGUUUCUAAUUUAUCUAAGUUGGUAAAAAUCCAAAGGCUGACAGACAGCUUGGUCCUUACCUUAUCUAGUGUUGGUGUCUCCGUAUUCUUUGUUGAAAAUGUUAGUGAGUUGCAACUUGCUGCUUUGGAACUUGUCACUGCUAUAUUCGCCCAAUAUGAAACUCAUAGGAAGCUAAUAAUGGAGGAAAUACUGGCUAGCUUAUCCCGUCUUCCAUCAAGCAAAAAGAAUCUACGUUCUUAUCGAUUGAAUAGUGAAGAUAGCAUUCAAAUGCUUACAGCAUUAGCACUUUUGUUGGUUCAGUCGGUUAUAACUCUUCCUGACCCAUCACCUCUCAAUUCAGAACAAAAUACUAAUGUUUUCUAUCAGAGCUCAAAUGUCUCUGUCUCCACUGAUGGAGGAUUAGUUCAAAAAGCAGAUGAUGAAGUGACAAUUAUUAAUUCUUAUCAUAAUGCUCUUCGUACAGCCCAUACUUUUCUGUUGGUUUUCCUACGCAAAUCAACAAUGAAGGGCGAAGAUGAUUACCGAAUUAUUUUUGAAAACUUCGUAAAUGACCUUCUCUUAGCUGUUAAUAAACCGGAGUGGCCAGCAUCAGAGGUUAUGCUUAGUCUUCUUGGUAGUUUGUUAGUACAGCAGUUCAAUAACAAAGCACUUGAUCAAAAUGUUCGGGUUGCUAGUGUCGAUUACUUGGGAACAGUUGCAUCUACAUUACGUCGUGACGCAGUAACUAGCCAAUUGAAGGAACAUGAUAUUGAUGCUGUCAUCCGUGAUCUAUUGGAUGGUAAUCAGUCAGAUGACGAUGAAGAAGAUUCUGAAGAAGAGUUACAAGAUUUAGAUACAAAAACCGAUGACACAAAAGAAAUAAAUGGUGAUCAUGAAUCUAACUCAGAAGUAGAUAGGAAUAAAUCAGAGUCUGAUAUUCAUUCAGUUGGUUCUGCUUCCACUACUGAAACACCAAUACGCCAUAAUGAGAAUGGUUAUAGUUCGACAAACACAAAAUCUGUAGCCAAAGGAAUUGAUACCAAAAUUCCUAAAGACAAAGUCAUCAAAAGUAAAAGGUCAGGACACAAAGACAAAUAUACGGAUCCCAUUUCUCAGUUGGAUCGAGUCCAGGCACUGCGUGACGCUAUUUUAGACUAUCUUGCAGCAGAAGAGGCGAGUCCUACGGCAGUUUAUGCUCGUAAAUUUUACCUGGCUCAGUGGCUUAAUGAUUGUACAAAGGAAACAGAACGUGCUCAACGAAGUGCAGUGCAGAAGAAAAACCAGAAUACUGUUUUAAAUGUCAAUGGUGAAACUGUAUGUGCUACCAAAGGUUUUUCUGAGGCAGAUCAGGCGCUAAUCCUAGCGGUAGCGGAAAGAAGAAGACAGCACAUUUUGUCGAAAGUACGUGAAGCUCCACAGUCUUGGCGACAACGUAGAUGUUUAUGGAGCAAUUCAUUGCCUUCUAAUGAGAAAACAAAACAGUCUGCAAACAUCUGUAUUUCUGAUUCAAAUCAGGAAACGACGCUCAUUUUCCAGGGUACUUUAGACUAUGAAGAUUGCUGCUUAGUUUGUCGUUAUCUAGCCAGUCUCCGACCAUUUUCUCAAAGUUUUGAUGUUUAUUUAUCCCAAAUAUGUAGAUUAUUGAGUGAAUCGUCUGUUGCUGUGCGUACUAAAGCAUUAAGAUGUUUAUCAGCAGUGGUGGAGGCUGACCCAAAUGUUCUAGCUCGCGUAGAUAUUGAGCGGGCUGUACAUUCUCGUCUUCUAGAUACAUCGACUUCAGUUCGUGAAGCUGCUGUAGAUCUACUUGGUCGAUUUUUAAGUUGCAGACCAGAGCUGACUGCACAGUAUUAUCCAAUGUUGGCCGAACGAAUACGAGAUAAAGGAGUAAGUGUCCGCAAACGCGUUAUUCGGAUCCUUCGUGACAUUUGUCUUGAGCAACCAGACUUUCCAAGAGUUGCUGAAAUUUGUGUAAAAAUGAUUAGACGUGUCAACGAUGAAGAAGGAAUCAAGAAACUUGUUCAUGAGGUCUUUCAAGCAAUGUGGUUUACUCCUGUACGUGAAAGAGAAACAGUGAAACUACUUCGAAAGGUCAUGAAUAUCACAGAUGUUGUUGGAGCUUGCAAAGACACAGGUUAUGAGUGGUUUGAACAAUUUUUACGAACUCUUUUAAAGAAAGAAGAAACGGAAAAAGUCAAACCAGUUGAAAAAGCAUGCAAACAAAUAGCUGAUUGUUUGGUUCAAAAUAUUAUGCGAUUAGAAGAAAUUUCAAGUCAAAGCAAUCAGAGAUUGGUAGCGUGUUUGGCAACACUUCAUUUAUUAACAAAAAUCAGACCGGAAUUAAUGGUUCAGUAUACAAUGGUAUUACAACCCUAUUUGUCCAUUCGUUGUAAUGAAGCAUCAGAUGCCCAUGUGUUACAUUAUGUUGCUAGAAUUCUAGAAGCCACGUUGCCAUUAAUGGAACAUCCUAGUGAGACACUAGUUGCACAACUUGAAGAGGAUAUGGUUCGUCUUACUCUGCGACAUGGAAAAAUGGUACUUGAGUCAUGUGUUGCGUGUUUAGGUGCAGUUGUCAAUCGUGUUUCGAAAAACUAUUCUCUAGCUAGAGAUUGUUUCACUCGGUUUUUCAAUGCUCUUCAGAAAUUUCGCAAUGAGCUGUCCGAUGAUUCUGAACGCAAAAUAUCCCCAACUAUUCGCCCUUCUAUUCUUCGAGCUCUAUUUACUGUAGGUUUGCUUUGCAAGCAUUUUGAUGCAGAUGUAUUUCGAUCAAGCAAAAAUGCGAAUAUUCGUGAUCAGGUAUUUGAAACACUUAUGUUUUUCACAGAACAAGUUAAAUCAGACAUCGAAAUGCGUAAGAAAGCAUUAUCAGGAUUAGGUUUUUUGUGUACUCGUCAUCACGAACUACUUUGUGGUCCUCGUCUUUGUAAAUUCUAUCAUGAUCUUUUGCAAGCUCCUUGUGAUGAGGCGAAACCUAAACCAUCCGACCAUCAUUUAGAAUUGAAGUGUAUUGUGCUGGAAAAUCUGUUAAACUUUUUUCUUGAGGAAGAGAAACGCAUGUUAGAAGCCGAUGCAAAAUGGAAGGCUAGUCAACAUCAAGAAUCAUUAAAAGAAAUGGGCGAUAUUGCUUCAGGUAUGGGUAGUUCAGUUGCUCAAAUGUAUCUCAAAGAUAUACUGGAAUCAUUUUUCUCUCCAUUUUUUACGGUGAGACUCACUGCCCUCUCUGUCAUAACUACGAUUCUCCGUCAAGGUCUUGUUCAUCCAGUUCAAACUGUACCCUACUUGAUAGCUAUGCAGUCCGAUAUUGAUCCGAAUAUUCGUAUUAAAGCUGAUGCUCAACUCCAGGAAAUAGACACCAAAUUCCCAGGUUUUCUGACAAUGCGAGCUGCACAAGGUGUCAACUUAUCUUAUCGCCUUCAGCUUGUUUUAUAUAAUGAGUUACGUGAAAAGCUAAAGGGUAAUUCUGAAGGGCCUUCUCUUCAGCAAAUAGGUUCCCCUGAAUCUUCAAAUUUUCACAAGUCCGCUCAUUCUAUUAAUGCUACACGUCGAACUACCCGUAAUAGAUCUGAGGUUGAUUGUUUGGGAUCAGAUGAUAAUCCAAAGUGUUCACCAUCUACAAAUGUUUCCGAAUCACAGUCCCUUCACAAUAUUCCAGAAGAUUCUUUUGGUGCUAUUCGCGGUACUAGAGAUCCUUUCAGUGAAGUUCCUUCUGCUAUGAAUUCACAUCUAUAUUCUAUGCUUAGAAACAACAAAAGUCAACGCCGUUCUCUACUUAAUGGACUAAUAUCAUUAUUCGAUGACUCACAGAAGAUUCCUCUCAGUCAGUUAGUAUAUGUUGCUGAUAAUCUGGCUCAUUUUCCUUAUCAAUCGCAAGAGGAACCUCUAUUUGUCGUGCAUCAUAUAGACUUGAUGGUUAGUAUGGCUGGUUCGGGAGUUUUAAAGAAUGUUCGUGAGGCACUUUUUCCAGAACUAAAAGCAGCUCUAGAGGCUGUUGUUGCUGCCCAACUUGAGACAGAUGCAAAAAACCGUGCACAAAUGGAGCUGCAAUUGAGUGCUGAACUUCAGGCCCAACAAGUUGCCUCGGCUGAUGCUAUGAGUAGAGGUGAUCAUGAAACAGCUGGGUUAAUUGCCGAUCAAAUUCAACAUACUAUUCAAAGAAUAAACAGUUUGAAUUCCUCCAAUCCUUCUAUUAUGUCCAGUAACGCAUCUCUGUCUGAAUUCCCUUCUGGGGCUCUCAUUGGAACAGAGGGUGUCUCCCGAGUUGAUUUAGGUCCUUUCGAAAUAGAAGAGGAGGAGGAUCCGAUUGCAUUAUUUGAUAGACUGUCUAAGACUCGCCAAACAUCUUUAGCAAUAGUUCGCGACGCAAUGCGUACCAGUCGCGCUUGUGUUUUACUGCUAACACUCAAGCAAUUUCUAAAAGAAUCUUAUUGCAUCACUGACGGUAAAAUCCAACGUUACUCACCUUCUGAUUCAGCCAAAUUAUGGGAGAAGCCGUUAACACGACGUGUCGGUGUUCAUUUUCAUCCAAUACCUUGUUUAAAAGCUGCCGGAAUGGAGAUUAAUAAAUCUGAUUCCCAUAUCCUAUACAAUUCUCAAUCAUCAGUUAGAACAGAUCAUAGUAGUGUGGAGUUAUCCAAUCCUAAUGACAAGCAAGCAGAUAGUGAAGAAGAAACGAUAAAUGAAAUGCAAUCUCUCAUCCGAGAUUACUUAGACUUCCGAAAGUUAAUUCUUACCAUUGAUCCUCCGGGAGAAGAAGAUAUGGGACCUGAUGACUUAAAUACUUCAGUACAGUCCGGUGGGCCUACUAAUGAUGAUCGAUUAAAUACAGUUUCAGAUAGUACACAGUUGAGUAAAGGUCGAUCCGUAAGAACGUUAGUACCACAAUUGCACAGUAAAUCUUCGGAAGAUGACAAUGAUUCAGAUGAUUCAAAUGCAGGUGGUGCUUCUCGACUUAUGUUGGCACAAUCAGCUCCUACAAAGAAACGGAAACCAGCCCUCAAUCUACGUGGUAAUUUGAAAAAUCCUCUAGGUCGAAAUACCAAGAAUAAGCGCAAACGUCGAAAACGAUGCAUAAUGGCGGCCAGUUCUAGUGGGGAAGAAAGUGAUUCAGCAGACGAAUCUGAACCAUCUGAUCCGGAUUACUAAUCUUCUUACUUAACCUGUUUCCUAACUUACUAUGUUUUACAACGCUUGGCUGUAAAAAUAAAUCUGUUACUGCGCCAUAUUUUGUCUUUAAGUCAAAAUUUCGCAAAAUGUGCAUUAUGGUGUGUUUAUACUACAGAUGUCCUACCUAAAGAAUGGAACAAAACAAACCAAUAUCAUCAGGUUUCUUAAACAAUUCUAUAUUUGUUGAAUAAUCUACUGACUUAUUUGUCAACUCGAUCCUAAUUUUUGUACUAAAGAUUUUUUUCUUCUAUAGUCAUUCACUCUUUUCUUUUUCACUCUUAUGGCAGCUUAUCUACUGGUCAUAUUUAAUUGUCUAUAUGGAAGCAAUGUAUGCUUAGAUUUCUGGCUAAAGUUUUAUCGUACUGUUCUAAUGUAAUUAUGUAAACCUACUUCUUUUUUUAAAGUGUAAUAAUGAAAUUGUUCAGAUCUCAUUAAUUACAUCGGAUUAUAUCGUGAAUAAAUUCUUCUUGUUGAAAGUUCAAUUGAUUUAUGCUACAAUCACAUUCCCCAAAAUAAUAAUAAUUCAUUAUUAUGUUCUGGGUUAAUGCUUCCCUACUAUUUGAGAAACAUUUGAUAUAUAUAUUAUAUUCAAAAGUAUAAUUUGUGUUAUUUUUUCGCAAUUACAUCUAAAUUUUAACUUCUGUACAUUUAUAUUUCAUAUUAAAGUUUCAUUGACGGCAUGAUUUAUUCUCUUUUUACAUAAUCACUAAUUUGUUUGUAACAUUGUUUAUAUAGUGGUAUAUUGUAGAAAUUUCAAUUUUGUACAUAUUUAUAUAUAUAUAUAUAUACAUAUAUGUAUAUGUACAUUAUUUUCGUAAGAUUUAUAAUAAUUAAUUGUUAAUACCGCCUAUUCUAUAAAUCUCAUUGUAUUGUUUGUUUUUUUCUUUUCAUAAUUUACCUAUCAUUAAUGAAUGGUUUAAUUUGCUUGAGAAACGUUUCAUCAUCCUCACUGAUGACUUGUAUUGAAAUACCAUAUUUUUGUAUAUAACAUAUUUCUGUAUGUUCGUCUGCAUUACACAUUCUCUUAUGGAUGACUUAUCUUUCAUAUUUUCCUUUUUUUUCGUUGUUUUUUUUGUGUAUACUUUAAUCGUUCACAGAAUAGGUGUGCUCUUUCGACUAGCUAUUAAUAGUCUUUCUUUGUUUUAAACAGCAGUAGUGCUGUUAAUGUAAUAAAUUUUUCGUUUAACACUUUUAUUCGUCUGUGUAUAUUUUUUUUCUCAGCACUCAUUAUUCUGAUAUUCGUUUGCCCAUUGUGUAUAUGUGUUUGUCUGUGAGACUAAAAGUUUAAUUAAAUUCUAUCUUAAUUUUGCUUUGUUUUCAUGAAUAAUCAUGUUUAAAAUUUAUAAUCAGCCAAAAGAAUUGUUUCUUUC